UGGUAGCGACCCUUACGGAAGUCUGCUGGAACUAAGCAUUUUGUGAUUGCUCUUCUUCAUCAGUUUUGUAUGCCUUUAACAAUCAUCCUCUGAUCAAGUGGUCAAUAGAAUCAGCAUUUAAUAAAUUUAUUGAUGUAAUGGUUGCCUCUGAUUCAAUUCGAGAUGACCACUUAGAUGAGCUACCAGAUAAACAUGUUGCUAGAGAUUUUUAUGCCAAGUACGAUCCCAAAGAGGUUCUCGGAAGAGGAGUUAGCAGUACUGUACGACGAUGCGUUGAGAAAGAAACUGGAAGAGAAUACGCUGCAAAGAUAAUUGAUGUCAGUGCGGAUUUAGAGGACCCUCAAGGAUUAACACUUAGACAGGCUACAUUAAGAGAAAUAUCUAUCCUUAAAUUAGUUGCUGGCCAUCCUUAUAUAAUUGAACUCCACGACGUUUUCGAAUCAUCAACAUAUAUUUUCUUAGUGUUUGAAUUAUGUAAAAAUGGUGAACUCUUUGAUUACUUGACCAAUGUUGUAGCCUUAUCUGAGAAAAAAACUAAAACCAUAAUGAGACAACUUCUGGAAGCUGUUGAACAUAUACACAACAAGAACGUAGUGCAUCGUGAUUUAAAGCCUGAAAACAUCCUCCUGGACGACAGUUUUAACAUCAAAAUAACUGAUUUUGGUUUCGCUAAAGUGAUAGCUCCCAACGAAAAGCUCGAUGAUCUCUGUGGAACUCCUGGCUAUCUUGCACCAGAACUUCUUCGUGCCACUAUGUAUGAAAAUGUUGAAGGUUAUGGUAAAGAAGUUGAUUUAUGGGCCUGUGGAGUUAUCAUGUACACUCUUUUGGUUGGAUUUCCACCUUUUUGGCAUAGGAAACAAAUGAUUAUGCUACGAAAUAUAAUGGAAGGUCGAUAUGAGUUCUGCAGUCCAGAAUGGGAUGAUAUUACUGAUUUACCUAAGCAUCUUAUUAAGAAUCUUUUACAAAUUAAUCCUCGAUUAAGGCUAACUGCCUCUCAAGCAUUAAAGCAUGACUUUUUUCAACAUAUGCAAUUGAGAGUUGGACCUUUUGACGCACGUAAAACUUUUCAACUAGUUAUGCUUGUUGUUCGAGCCAUGAUAAGAAUCAAACGAUUGAAACAUACUCCAGAACCUAUGAGCAUCGAAAUCGCCCGCUUUGAUCCUUAUAGGAUCAAAACUCUGAGGAAAGCUAUCGAUGGCUGUGCCUUUCGUGUUUAUAAUCAUUGGGUUAAGCGUGGUGAAGUGCAAAAUCGAGCUGCUCUUUUUGAAAAUAGACCUAAACAAGAUUUGAAAGCAUCUUAUCAACAAUCAUUUCAAGCCAAAGCUUAGUUAACUUUAACUUCGUCUCGUCAACCCUUUGACUUUCUUUUUCCAUCGUCUUCACCAUUUUUUUCCUCUCUCUCUUUUUUCACCUUCAACUUAAUUUACUCUUAAAUUUGUAAAUAAAUAAUAUUUAGGAAAAAGAGUAAGAGGAGGACCUUUCAAACAACGAUUUAACUUAUUGAUUUCAUUCAGUCAACACCAAUCACUUUUUUGCUCACAUUUCUUCUACACUUUCAAUAUCUUUGAUGUAUCACUGUGAGACCAUUAAAGAGUAUUACAUGAAAAUCACAAA